AAAACUGUAUCGCCGUCUAUCUUCUUCCUCAAAACCCUAGAAACUGUAAAACCCUUCACUAUCUCUUAACACACACCAAUUGCAGUUCAACUUUAGUUUUGUCUUCCCAACAAUGUCUUCCAAAGGUCUGAAAUCGCAGAAAUCGACCAAGAGGAAGGUUACCGAAAGCUCUGACAAAUUCGAUUCUCUAAAAUCAAAGAAGCCAAAGCUGGUGUCUGGAGAACAACAACAACAACAUGGGAAACCUAAAUUUGUUAAACCCAAAUCUGCUGGAGACAAGGAGCAGAGUACUAAUCUAUCGAAGAAGGAGCGUCGUGUACAGGCUAAGGAGCUAACAGAAGCUAGGAAGAAGAAGAGGAAGCCACAUUACAAUCUUGAGCAAGAGCUUGCAUCUCUAUGGGAGAAGAUGAGGCGUCGUGAUAUUGGCAAGGAGGACCGAUCAAAGCUGAUUUCUGAAGCUAUAAGGAAGAUGAAGGGGAAGGUUCCAGAGAUUGCAGUCUCGCAUGUUUCAUCUCGUGUACUUCAGACUUGUGUGAAGUUUUGCUCACAAGCUGAAAAAGAUGCUCUCUUUGCCGAACUCCAGCCACAGUUUCUUAACCUUGCUUCUAAUAAAUAUGCUGUUCAUUUUAUACAGAAGAUGUUGGAUGGAGCGUCUAAGCAGCAGCUGGCAGCUUGUAUAUCCAGCCUCCGGGGACAUGUUGCUCCUCUUCUCCGUCACGUCUUCGGAUCUGUUGUUGUGGAGCAUGCAUACCAUCUGGGAACUGCAGCACAAAAACAAGAACUCCUUGCAGAAUUGUAUUCUACAGAGCUUCAGUUAUUCAAGGGCUUGACCUCAGCUACCGAAAAAACGGUGGUAGACAUCAUCGCUAAGCUAGGACUGCAAAAAGGUGCUGUUAACCGACACAUGACUGCCAUUAUUCAACCGAUUCUUGAGAAGGGAAUUGUCGACCACACUAUCACACACAAAUUGCUGAUUGAAUACCUGACAAUAGCUGAUAAGACUUCUGCUGCAGAUGUGCUUCAGCUACUGACAGGCUCCCUUCUUUUGCGUAUGGUUCAUACCCGUGAUGGUUCUAGGCUUGCCAUGCUUUCUAUCAAACAUGGAAGCGCCAAGGAGAGAAAGAAGAUUAUCAAAGCAAUGAAAGAGCAUGUUAAAAAGAUGGCUUUUGAUCAGUUUGGAAGUAUGGUGCUUGCAUGUAUUUUUUCAAUAGUUGAUGACACAAAGCUCGUGACCAAGAUAAUUGUUCGUGAGCUUGAGGCCAGCCUAAAGGAUCUUGUUAUGGACAAGAAUGGUAGGAGACCUCUAUUGCAGCUACUGCAUCCAAAUUCUUCACGUUAUUUGAGCCAUGAUGAUUUGGCCGCUCUUGAUCUUUCUGUUCCAUCACUCUGCUCAAUGGAUAAGUCAGAGACAUCCUCUAAAACAAAGGACACAGAUGGUAACGAAUCUGGUGAGGAGACGAAGGAUGAACAAGAAGAUACAUUAGCUGAACAUACAGAUCAUGAAGAAAACGUCACAGCUAUGGGCGGUAAAAAAGAUCCCCUUGUGAGAAGACAGGAGUUGCUCGUCAACAGUGGCCUUGCUGAGAGGCUUAUUGAUGUGUGCGUGGAGAACGCCGAGGAAUUCCUCAAGUCAAACUUUGGCAAAGAGGUCAUGUAUGAGGUUGCAAUCGGAGGCUCUGAUGGUAUUCUUUGCCCAUCUCUGAGCGAGAAGCUGUGUGAGCUGUACGAAGCUAUUAGCUCUGUAGCAGCAAAACCGAAACCCCAAGAAUCUGAGAAGGAUUCAGAGCACAUCCUGGAAAACUUUCACUCAAGUCGGACCAUAAGAAGGCUUGUCUUGGAUUGCCCUGGUUUCGCGUCGACUCUCUUUAAGAAGGCCUUGUCUGGAAAAUGUCGGUCGUGGGCUCAAGGACACUGUUCAAAGAUACUAUCUGCUUUCCUAGAGACUGAAGAUUUUGAAGUUCGUGAGAUGGCUAAAACAGAGCUUCAGGUGUUGGUGAAUGAAGGUACUCUGAAAAUCUCAGCAACCAAGAAACCUGAAUGAUGCAGCGGCCAGUGAAUCACUUGGCUGUUGUUGUGUUCAGUUUUUUUCUUUCAAGACAGGUUAUGUUUCAGAACUGCGAAUCUGACUAUGGCAAAUUUUGUCCUUGUGUCACUUUAUAAUUUUGAUCUGGCCCAAGAGCCCAAAAAUCCUCUCUUGUUGACAAAACUGAAAACUAACCCUUGCCACAAAAUUCAUCAAUCUUGGAUAUUAUAAAUGAAAUAGUUUUGU